CACAGUCUCACUUCUGUGACAGUCCAGUCCCACGUCCUCUGUGAUGAAUAUACAGGGUUAAUUCACGAUGCACUCGGCCAAUUGCCUGAUUAUAACCACUACACCACCAUGACCACCCUCCAACCACGAAAGCCGUACACGGAGGAGGAGCUGAAGGCCCUCUACCCUCCUGGCCUUGAGCUCGUCCAAGCCCAAAUCCUCCUCCGUCAUGGGGAGCGGACUCCGGUCUCGGCCCGCUUUCAGAACGCCGGCCUUCACCCGUUCUGGCCGUAUUGCAAAGCUGCCAGUCAUCUGAGAAACGUGGUGCUUGAGGCAAAUAAGAACGAUGUGAUCUUCUCCUCGUUCGAAUGGAAGAAACGCCUCGAGGCCUUCGGGGAGAGCUCAGAUGCGCCUAUUCUGGCCACAGGUGCCAAUGGUGACGUGGAUGAUCUCUGUGAGAUGGGUAUGCUUACAGACAAGGGGCGGCUGACCACGUACCUCCUUGGCGAGCGUCUGCGAGGGCUGUAUGUCCAACAGUUGGGGUUCCUCCCCGAUACCAUCGAAUCGAACGACUUCAUGUACCUGCGUGCCACCCCAGUUCCACGUGCACUGGAGUCUCUUCAGCAGGUCUUCGUUGGCUUGUACCCGGACGCGAAGCGCGCUGCUGACUUGCCGCCGCCAACCAUCCUGCACCGGAACUUGUCUCAUGAGCAACUGCUUCCCAACGAAGGGAGUUGUGCGCGCUUCAGGACCCUGAUGAAGGCAUAUGCCAAGCGCACGGCAGACCGCUGGAAUUCAACCCCCGAGAUGGACUACCUGAACGGCAUCUACGGCAAAUACAUGCCCGAAGGCACCCGUGUAGCCGUGGACGGGAAGCCACGGCUCUCUGGCAUCAUGGACACUGUCAACUCCACUCUCGCCCACGGCCCUGCGACCAAGCUCCCCGAGACGUUCUACGAUAAAAAGGCCCUCGAGACAUUGGAGAGGAUUGGGACUGAGGAAUGGUUUGCUGGCUUCAAGGAGAACCGCGAGUACCGUGCGCUGGGGAUGGGCUCACUGCUCGGCGACAUCACGGCACGAAUGGUCGCAAACGCAGAAGCAUCCCACUUGGGGAAGAGCCAGGGCAACGCAGUCAUCAAGUUCGGAUUGUCUGGCUGCCACGACACCACUAUCGCCGGCACCCUCGCCAGCCUCGGCGCCUACGAGACCCAUCGGUGGCCCCCGUACACCAGCCACGUCGCACUUGAGGUGUUCCGCAAGUCCACCGCUGCUGCUGCCGCAAAGCACGCAGCCCACAGCGACGUGCCUGCUGCCGGCCCUGCCGCCACCCCCGGGGCCAACCCGAGCUCCCUUGCUGGCAGUGCCCUCCACGGCAUCGGCCGCAAGACCGUGCAGGAGAUGACUGCUGACGAGCUCAAGCGUAUCGAGGGCCAUUACGUGCGUGUCCGAUACAACGACGAGCCCGUCACCAUUCCCGGCUGCAAGGCCGAGGGCAACCACUUGGAGGGUGAUGAGACGUUCUGCACCCUGACGGCAUUCAAGGCCAUUGUCGACAAGAUCACGCCAGCGAACUGGAGAAUGGAAUGCGCAAACCCAGAUAAGGGGAAUGCCUUCCCCCAGAAGCCGGAGCCCGCCGGCUACUAGAGGAGGGGGGGGGGACAGAGAGAGAGAAGGGCGCCAGUUGAGAGAACUGCAUUGAGUCUUUUAGGUCGAUACAUGUCUGACAUAGAAGGAUACCCCUCCAGCAUAACGAACUAGGUGGUAGACAGGUAAGCCCAGAGGUGCCGUCGAAUGGGAGCUCCGGAAUAGAAGACAUUAGAAGAACUUUCAUGCCGAUUGUCGGGCGUCGCGGCCUCCUGGACCAACCAUCUGCUUCGUCUGGAUUCUGUAAAUUUCACGCCAUAUAUGAUGAAUCGAUAGACCAGUAACGAUCAAAUUGUCCAAUUUCGUCCAGCAGUCAAGCUCCUGAAAGCACCCAGUCACAGUGCGCAAAGUUCCUCCCGGCAGGAACAAACCUGACCAGGUGCAUUGUGCUUGCGUAUGUGGUUUCACCGUCGGAUUUCGAAGCAGACCUGAGGGCACUAGAUCCUGUAGGCGUGAUGAAUGCCCUCCCGCGUUUGUUCAGACAUCUCGCUUCUGGAAACACGGCACGUCCCAGCCAACGGGGUCAUAUGGGGCAGCUACGUGGAUUUCCAUUCAGCUCGCAAGUCAGUCUACAGGAACUGAAUAAAUCUUGCUGAAGAUGUAGCUACCGUGUUAAUAGGAGGCGCUGACUGCAGUCGCUGACGGUGCACGAGCACAAGAGCACAUGUCUUGAGAACACGUGUCGCGGUGCCGCAUUUGCACAGGUGCUGAUGCUGACCUGUCGC